AGCGCCAUGCCGUCGUCGGACGCCAACACGGUCCCGGACACGCAAUUGGGCCUCACCGACGAGGAAAUCAAUCUUCUUCGCUAUCACCAGACCCAAGCCGGCUCCUCGUCCUCCCGCGCCGCCAGCCGCGCCUCGUCCCAAGGCCGCCUGCUCCUUGACCCCUCCAGUCUCGCCGCCCUCUCGAGACACCUGGACCGGCUGAUGCAACAGAUCCAGCAGCGCAUUGAGUACCUGAGCCAACAGAGCGCCGUGGUAACUAUGGAACAACACGAUCGUGCGGGAAAUCUGAUUGACAACGCUGAUGCCGAGAUUGCCCGCUUCCACGACAUCAUGCAGCAGAUAGACGAACUCGAGCUGGACUUCGAUCGCAUUCGUCACAUCAGGGACAUCGUCAGGGCUUAUCGCCAGCGGGUCGAGGAGCUAGAACGGGAACUCGAGCACUCCAGCACAUCGCGGCGGGAUCGCGACGCACAUCACCAUCGACAUGGACACGGGCAUUCGCACCGACACGAGGGAAGUACCUCCGGACGACGGCAUCGACAUUAG